AUGCCUGGCGUAAGAAGGCUUCGUUGCUCAAGGGAUCCCAGCGGGCAAAAGAAUCUUCGCCUCGUGACGUGGAAUGUGAACUCAGUCAGGCAACGAUUACCUCUUAUUGAAAGAUAUAUACAAGAGUACAGCCCCGAUGUGCUUGCGCUUCAAGAGAUUAAGUGCCAGCAGAACGAUUUCCCGGCUGAGACUUUCUCGAAGCUCGGUUAUCACCACGUCCACUUGGGUCAGAAGUCAUACAAUGGUGUUGCAACACUGUCCAAGCAUCCCAUGACGAAUGUCGAGUUUGGUCUGAAGGGGCCCGAAGAUGACGAGCACGACCCGCAAGCGAGAUACGUCCAGUGCAGUGUGCAAGGUAUCGCCAUCUGCAAUCUCUACCAUCCGAAUGGCAACCCUGUUGGGAGCGAGAAGUUUGACUACAGAUUGAGAUGGAGCAAGCUUCUCUACGGCCGCGUGAAGAGCUUGACGCAGUCAGACAUGCCGUUGGUCUUGAUGGGGGAUUUCAACACCGUCCCUCGAGAUGAAGACUGUUAUGAUAUCAUAGAUCUGUCCAGCGAUGCUGUCGUGCAUCCGCAUUGUCGGUCGCAGUAUCGAUCCCUCGUUUACCAGGGACUGUAUGAUGCCUUGCAGAUCAAACCAAACAAGGAGAAGCAAUAUUCCUAUUGGGACUAUCGGGCAGGGUCUUGGGAGAAGAAUAAGGGCAUGAGAAUUGAUCACAUCCUGCUAUCGCCGCACCUGGCGGAUCGUUUCGUGCAAGGAGGGGUGCACAAGGAGGUUAGAGGUUGGCAGGGUCCCUCGGAUCACGCUCCUGUGUGGGCAGAUAUACGUAGGAGCGAUGCAAUGAGCGAUUGA